AUGCUGCGCUCCCUCAACACUCUCCGGGCUGCAUCGGCCGCCAAGCACAAUGUUGCUUCUUCCUCGAGGUUGCCAGCACUGGUCGCAUCUUCCUUCUCCACCUCGACCAAGGCUCUCCUCGCCACACCCGCACCCGAUGGACCUCCCCAGAAGAAGAUGGUCAAGCUGACCAUCGAUGGCAAGGAGGUAGAGGUAGAGCAAGGAACAGCACUCAUUCAGGCUUGUGAGCAGGCAGGAGCUCAGAUUCCAAGAUUCUGCUACCAUGAGCGUCUAUUGAUUGCAGGAAACUGUCGAAUGUGUCUGGUCGAGUCCAAAGGAGCACCAAAGCCAAUCGCCUCCUGUGCGUGGCCUGUCCAGCCAGGCCAAGUCGUCACUACCAACUCGCCCCUCGUUGCCAAGGCUCGUGAGGGUGUGAUGGAGUUCCUUCUAGCCAAUCACCCCCUCGACUGCCCCAUCUGCGAUUGGGGAGGAGAGUGUGAUCUGCAGGACCAGUCGAUGAGGUAUGGAUCGGACCGUGGAAGGUUCCACGAGAUGUCAGGCAAGCGGGCAGUGGAGGACAAGAACCUGGGACCACUCGUGAAGACGACCAUGACGAGGUGCAUUCACUGCACCCGCUGUGUCCGAUUCGCAAACGACAUUGCUGGAGUACAAGACCUGGGUACCUCUGGCCGUGGAAACGACCUGCAGAUUGGAACAUACGUGGCCAAGACGAUCGACUCUGAGAUGUCCGGAAACAUGAUCGACCUCUGCCCUGUCGGAGCUUUGACCUCGAAGCCCUACGCCUUCCACGCUCGACCUUGGGAGCUCAAGAAGAGCGAGUCCAUCGACGUCUUGGACGCCGUUGGAUCCAACAUUCGAGUCGACUCGCGAGGUGUAGCUGUCAUGCGAAUCCUUCCCCGAACCAACGACGACGUCAACGAGGAGUGGAUCAACGACAAGACCCGUUUCGCAGCUGACGGACUGAGGUAUCAGCGUCUCACCACGCCCCUCAUCAAGCAGGGUGAUCGCUUCGUGCCCGCCUCGUGGCCAGAGGCACUUGCCACCGUCGCCGAGGGUCUCGAAUCUUCUGGUGCCAAGGGCAACGAGAUCAAGGGUGUUGUCGGUGCUCUCGCCGAUGCCGAAUCUAUCGUUGCGCUUAAGGACCUCGUCAACCGACUUGGCUCUGACAACUUGACUGUCGAUGCUCCCGCCGGUGACAUGGCCCCCGUCUACGGACAGGACUUCCGAGCCAACUACAGCUUCAAUUCGACGAUCCCGAACAUCGAAGAGGCUGACGCUCUGCUCCUGGUCGGAACCAACCCCCGUCACGAGGCUGCUAUUGUCAACACUCGAAUCCGCAAGGCUUACCUUCACCGCGAGCUCGAUGUUGGCCUGAUCGGUGAGAAGGUUGACCUGACCUACGACUACGCCCACGCUGGUACCGAUGCCCAGGCUGUCAAGGACUUCGUCGCUGGCAAAGGUGACUUUGCCAAGCGAUUUGCAAAGGCCAAGAACCCAAUGAUCAUUGUCGGCUCAGCUGUUCCUGAGCACGUCGACGGCAAGUCGAUUCUCGCCGAUCUGGCCGGUCUUGUGGAGAAGAACAAGGACAAGUUCUUGACUGCCGACUACAAUGGCUUCAACAUCCUGCAGCGAACUGCCUCCAGGACUGCCGCCAAUGACAUUGGUAUCGCACCUAGUGCCGAGGCUGCCAAGACCAGCCCCAAGUUCGUUUACCUGCUCAAUUCCGACGACUUCUCUCCCGACUCGAUACCUUCUGACGCCUUUGUGGUCUACCAAGGUCAUCACGGUGACAUCGGUGCUCAGUACGCCGAUGUUGUCCUGCCAGGUGCUGCUUACACGGAGAAGUCGACGACCUUUGUCAAUACCGAGGGCCGAACUCAGAUUACUCGAGCUGCAGUUCCCCCUCCCGGAGCAUCGCGUGAGGACUGGAAGAUUCUGCGAGCCCUGUCCGAGGUGGUGAAUGCUCCACUGCCGUACGAGGACCUGCUGGAUCUGCGCGAUCGUAUGUACGAGAUCUCCCCCACGCUGGUCAGGUACGACGUCGUCGAGCCCACAAGUGUCGCCAAUGCCAAUGCCUCGAUUGCCCACCUCAAGACACUGGCAAAGGGCGCAUCCCCCACUGGCGCACCACUGCUCAGGCCCAUUACCAACUUCUACCAGACAGACGCAGUCUCCCGGGCUAGCCCAACAAUGGCAAAGUGUGUCAAGGCAUUUGUGGAGAGGGUGCCGAUGGAUGAGGUGGAGCCUCAGUCCGUCGUUACGAUGGGGUGA